CCGCCGGUCGCGGGAGCCGCGCGCGCGGUUCCCACCGACGUCACCGGGUGGUGCGUCAGCGCGGGAGGUAGCGAGCCGCCGAGGUGCACGCGCCAGGGGGGGUGCACGCACGCGCCUGGGGCCGCCGAGUACUGCUCGCUCGUCGGCGGCGCGAGCGACGACGACUCGGACGACGACGCGUCGCAGCCGAGCGCCGAGCCCGAGCGCGGCUUCCCGUGCAACGAGCCCGGCUGCAUAUACCGGGCCACUACCGCGAGCAACCUCAAGAGGCACAAGCGUACGCACAGCGGCGAGCGGCUGUAUCCGUGCGACGAGCCCGGGUGUGACUUCAGGACCACUCAGGCGAGCCAUCUCAAGUCGCACAAGCGCACGCACAGCGGCGAGCGGCNNUACGCGUGCGACGAACCCGGGUGUGACUUCAGGACCACUCAGACGAACCACCUCAAGUCGCACAAGCGCACGCACAGCGGCGAGCGGCCGUACGCAUGUGACGAGCCUAGGUGUGACUUCCGGGCCACACGGUCAGGCCUCCUCAAGGCGCACAAGCGCACGCACACCGACAGCGUCUAGCAGGCAGUUGAGCGUAACCACAACAUCGCGGCUCCGUCCGUUUAAUAGUUUACAAAGGACAAUUUGCGAACGAACGUGACUUUGUUCAUUGUUGGAUUGUAUUGUUACAGACUGCAGCUACUAGCUUGGUAGCUAACGAACCGUUUUCUUACCGCACAUAAUUAAUGCCCCCAACCGAACUCAUCCGCGGCCGGUGCACCGCUCUGCCCUCCCUGCGCCGCCGCGCCCGAAACCGGGCUCGGGGCUCGCCACGUGCUCAGCUGGCACUUCUUGAAGUGUGGAGCUAGAAUCGAUUUCCGGGCAGGCUUGCAGGCUAAGGCGGUCGGGAUCGCCUCCGGCUGCUCGAUCCA